AAAUCUCAUAAACUAUUUGAUUCCGAAAAGGUGUUUAUAUUUUCUUUAGAUAAUCAAUUAUCUAUAGUUAAGAAUGUUUCUUGUCGAGGGCAAUAACUCAUGUUAGUAUUUUCUCUAUUCUAAUGUAUAUAGUACAAUGAUUCCUAUCUGCAGAACUGUAGCUCUCUGAAAAAAUAUUGUGACGGAACAGAGAGCUACAGAUCCAGUGAUCCACCUCUUAUAAAAACCUUCGAUUUACGGCGUACAAAAAGCUGCACACGGUUGAGGCCUGAUAUCGUUGUAUUCUUGUGUCGUUGUCUUAUAAAUUUAAUAUGAAAAAAAUUCUUAACAUAUUUCCUUACUAUACUUGUGUCCAAACAUACCUUCAAAUAUUCAUUAAAGCCCAUUACGACCCGAAAUUUCACAGCUUCAAAUGAUUUCGUUUAUUGAGAAAGCAAUGCUAGGUAGCCACGAUUAAUAUAUUAUUAUUUAUAAGAUAUGUACGCUGUAGCAGUUUAUUUAACUGUUGGCUUUUUUUCUUUUGAACCCGUUUAAUGUAUUUUUCUAUUAUGUUGUUAAUCACACGACUCUUUCUCAACGUCUGCUCUUCUAAUUUUAAUAUAUGCGGUGCUACUUCCGUGUUUCUUCACAGUAUGUCUUAUAUCGUUGAAAAGGUGGCAACAUACACCAUUUUUAAUUAAGAUAGUUAGCUCCCAAGCUUUUGACCUGGCUGCAGAUCUGUAGCUCUCUGGGAAAUAUGGGGACAGACCAGAGAACCACAGAUCCACCCCUUGUAAAAAGAUCAUCUUCUUGUAAAUCAGAUAGAAAUUUGGUAUUCGUUGAAGACUGUUUUAAAUAGUGUAUACAGAUUGUAUCUCUAGAACAACAUUUGUGAUGUAAUUCUAGUAUAUUGGUGAUGUCAAACUUCCCGGAGAGUAUUUCAAGGUAAUCAUGGGUGACUUAUGGUUGUGUCAUUCAUGUGAUGUCGACAGGGGAUCCUUACUCCCUCUAGGCACCUGAUCCCACCUCUGGUAUCUCCAGGGGUCCAAGUUUGCCCAACUAUUUUAUUGUAUUGCUUAUGGGAUUCGUGAGAUUGAUCACUGGUCGUUAUCUUCACCUUUCAUCAACACAUCUACAGCUGCGCUGACAUGAUGAUUGGGAUUCGUGAGAUUGAUCACUGGUCGUUAUCUUCACCUUUCAUCAACACAUCUACAGCUGCGCUGACAUGAUGAUUGGUUUAUUGAAUAUCAUAAUGGAGUCUGUAAAGAUCGCUCUGAUGCUGUUAUCGACAAUUUUCACGGUGAAAGGAGCAGAUGUAAUUAAUGCCGUGGAGGUCAACACCCCGUCAGGCUGGGUCAGAGGUUACGAGGAAAACUAUGAGAAGGGUCAAGUAUACAGAUUUGUAAAAAUUCCGUUUGCACAACCUCCUACAGGAAACCUACGUUUUCAGAAACCCCAACCAGUGGCAGACUGGGAAGAUGUGAAAGGAACAUCCAAUGAAAAUUCCCCUUCCUGUCCGCAAUGGGAUCUUCCGGUUCCCGGACUUGACAGUUUGGUACAGAAUGAGGAUUGCUUAUAUCUAAAUAUUUACGUUCCUGGUAAAAUAUCAAAGGAGCGCAAUCUUUCUAUAAUGGUUUGGAUUCACGGCGGUGGAUUCAGUAUGGGUGGAGGUAGUCAAUAUAAACCCCAGAAACUGGUUUUAGGAGGUGACGUCAUAGUUGUGACAAUCAAUUACAGACUUGGACUUAUAGGGUUUUUCACGUUGAAUGAUCCCUUACUUUCGGGUAAUUUUGGUCUUUGGGAUCAAAUUGAAGCUUUUCGUUGGGUUCAGAAGAAUAUUGAAGCCUUCGGAGGGAACCCUAAUUCUGUCACUAUAUUCGGAGAGUCAGCUGGUGGAAUGUCUGUCAGUCUGCAGACGUUGAUUCCUUCUAAUAAGGGACUGUUUCAAAGAGCAAUUGCACAGAGUGGUGUGGCGUCCAUCUUUACAUUCUCAAAAAAGGAGAUGGAGAAGAAAACUGCAGACAUGCUUUUAGAUAGAAAUUCAUGUAAUAAGGAAGAUGUCUCUGAAAUAUUGAAGUGCCUUCAAGAAAUCUCAGUCGACAAUAUUACAAAUUCUGUUACGGUAAUGGAUAUGAUGAAACCAUUGAAUACGUCUAUUGAUUUUGGAGGGUUUGUACCGAAUGUUGACGGUGAAUUGAUAAAGGAAAAUUUAGCAUAUCCGGGUUCGUCAGAUGACGACAUUUACAGUUUCUUCCGUACCGUUGAUUAUAUGUCAGGGACACUUGAUGGGGAAGGAAAUAUGGAGUACCUUGGCAUAGGUCCAGAUAUUCAGGAACAUUAUAAAUUUAAUGUCACAGAAAAAAUAUCAAAGAGAUUUCUGUGUGAAAUGACUGCUCCUGUAUAUGUGGAAAUGGCUGUUGGCAAUGCCCCAGAGUUAGCGCAAGAAAUAUGUGACUUUUACACCGACACAGAAAGCAUUGAAGCACAGAGUAACAAGAUUUGUGAAUUCCGAUGUGACCAUUUUUUCAUUGUUCCAAGUAAUGUCUUGUUAUCGAUUCACGCAAACAAUAAUAAAGAGACUAAUACCUUCCAGUAUUUGAUGACAAAACCCAGUCCUGCACAAUUCUUUGGAGAUCCGCCCGCCUGGUUUAAGGGAGCCAGACAUGGUGAUGACCUCUAUCAUUUCUUCAAAAUCUCCGUAGAAGAUUUACCAGAAGAGAAGCGUAAAGGUUUGGUGGAUGAUGAUCCCCUGUCGGAAAAUGUUAUUCAGUACUGGGCCAACUUUGCAAAGUUUGGAAAUCCAAAUAGUGACAAAGUACCCGAAUGGCCAUCCUAUGACGUCAACAGCAAGAGAUACGUCAUCUUAGAUACGCAAAUCACAACAGGCCAAAAUUUGAAAUCUGAAUCCACAGCACUACUCAGUAAAAUAGUAGAGAAGGGUCGUCAGAGACUUAGACAUGAUGAAUUAUAGUAUAGUUUAGUUUAGGCUUUAAGCUUUUGUAUUGCAAGGUAUUCCAUGAUAUAGAUAUAAUAUAAGGGUGUUGUUACAUCUAUAUUUCAAAAUUCUUAAAAUAAGAUUCAAUUUAUUAUGAACCAGCAACGAUUGACUUGUAAUUUUUUUUUUUUUACCUUUCCUUUCUGCCCGUGACGGAAAAUGGAAGAAAUAAGAUUUUCUAAGUGUUGGAUGGUGACCUUCACAAUAUUUUGUGACCUUCACAAUCCUUAUAACACAUGAUCAAAUCAUAUCUUUUGACAAGGAGUUUGCUUUAUAAUUAGAGUUUGGCAGAAAUUGCUUUUUUCCGUAUACUUCAUUGAUAAAAUGACCAAAAACUGUAGUUGGAACGAUAAAACACAUUUUCGGAAAUGUUUUUCUCGGGCAUUUUGUUUUUAUAAAACCUUCUAUAUGAGAUACCAAAGAUUUUUUAUUGAUCUACGCCGUCAUUUUCAUAUUGUCAUAAGAUAUUGUCAUAAAAUAUCUCAUGUUUUGACUAGAUAAAACAAUACAUAACUAUUA